AUGCAGGCCAUUGCCCGACCUCUCGCGCGCGUUGCGCCCAAGCACGUCCGCUACACCGGCUCCCUUUCCGCUUGGUCUGCCGUCCCGGCUGGCCCCCCGGAUCCUAUUCUCGGUGUCACCGAGGCGUUCAAGGCGGACAAGGACCCGCGCAAGAUCAACCUCGGCGUCGGCGCGUACCGGGAUGAGAACGGGAAGCCGUACGUGCUCAACGCCGUGAAGAAGGCGGAGGAGAUCCUCGUCCAGCAAAACCCGGACAAGGAGUACCUCCCGAUCACGGGUCUUCCCGAGUUCACCCAGGCUGCGGCCAAACUCGCGUACGGUGCCGACAGCGCGCCCCUUCUGGCCAAAUCUGUUGCGGCGACGCAGUCGAUUUCGGGCACGGGCGCCCUCCGCAUUGGCGGCGCGUUCCUCGGCCGCUUCUACCCUCACUCCAAGACCAUCUACCUCCCGAACCCUUCGUGGGGCAACCACACCCCCAUCUUCCGGGACUCCGGCCUCGAGGUCAAGACCUACCGGUACUUCGACAAGAAGACCGUCGGUCUUGACUUCAAGGGCCUCACGGAGGACCUCAAGAGCAUGCCCGAGAAGUCCAUUGUCCUUCUCCACGCUUGCGCCCACAAUCCGACGGGUGUGGACCCCACCCCCGAGCAAUGGAAGGAGAUCUCGGACAUCGUGAAGGAGAAGCAGCUCUUCCCCUUCUUUGACAUGGCGUACCAGGGCUUCGCGUCUGGCUCGACCACGCGUGACGCGUUCGCCGUGCGGCACUUCGUCUCCGAGGGCCACCAGGUCGCGCUCUCGCAGUCGUUCGCCAAGAACAUGGGCCUGUACGGCGAGCGUGUCGGUGCGUUCUCGCUCGUCACCGCCGACCCCGAGGAGCGUGCCCGCGUCGACAGCCAGCUGAAGAUCGUCAUCCGGCCGAUGUACUCGAACCCGCCGCUGCACGGUGCGCGCAUCGCCGCGACGAUCCUGCGCAACGAGGACCUGUACGGGCUCUGGGAGUCCGAGGUGAAGCACAUGGCCGGCCGCAUCAUCCACAUGCGCCACCGCCUGCACGACAACCUGGUGACCCUCAACACUCCCGGCGACUGGCAGCACAUCAAGCGCCAGAUCGGCAUGUUCAGCUUCACGGGUCUCACGCAGCCCCAGACGAAGGCGUUGGCGGAGAAGGCGCAUAUCUACAUGACCGCCGACGGCCGUAUCUCGAUGGCUGGCCUGAACGCCGGUAACAUCGACUACUUCUCGGAGAGCGUGAGCAAGGCGGUCAAGGGCGAGCUCUAA